GGCUAACAGAAGAGAAACUGUAAAACUAGUGCGGACUGUUGUCGCCGUCAGUGUGUCGUCCAAACGAGUAACGAGUGAGAGAGAAAGAGAGAAGAGAAAAGAGAAAAAAGGCGGCAGUGGCCCUGACCAUGGCAGUCGCAACUGAAGAUUUCUAUUACGAUGGAUUUCGUACCUUCAGUUGGCUGUCCGAACUCGUUGACAUCCCUAUCGAUCAAGUGAAUUUCCUAAUAACCCAGUUCACGGCAUUGGGAUUGGCUGGAUUACUGAGGUCGCCGUUAAAUCCAGUAGUCGCUUCACCGGCAAGCCGACAUGCCUUUGGUCUUGUAAUUGGCCUUGUCCUUGGUUACUUCAAUUUUGGCAAACAGGCAGUGCACUUGGCGGGACUUCCGGCGCUUUGUUACGUGGCGAUGCGGAUGCUCGAUUCUCACCACAUGCAAAGGGUUGUUCUUGCAGUUGCUCUCAUAUAUCUCUCGUGUAUCCAUUUUCAUCGUCAGAUGUACGACUACGGCUCUUGCACAUUGGACGUCACAGCUCCACUGAUGGUGAUCACUCAAAAAGUAACGAGCCUGGCGUACAGCGUACACGACGGUCUGACGCGUAAGGAGGACGAGCUCACGCCCUCACAGCGAUAUUAUGCCGUACAGAAAAUGCCAACAGUGUUGGAAUAUUUCAGUUACGUCUUCCAGUUCCAAGCCUUAAUGGCGGGACCCAUAAUUUUCUACCGCGACUACAUCGAUUUCAUCCACGGGCGUGGCCAGAAAUUAUUUAAGAGUCCUUACGAUGAGCAAAGCACUCGAGUUAAUGAAAUUGUUUUGGAGCCAUCGUUAACGCCGAUAGUGGUAAAGAAGGUCAUAGCAAGUCUUUUGUGCGCUGUGAUUUUCGUUCAAUUGAUUCCAUCGUAUCCCAUAGAAAAAAUAAAAGAUGACGAGUUUCUUUACAAUACUUCGACGGCGCAAAAGUACUGGUACCUAAUAGUAUCUACGAUGUUGAUUCGUUUUAAGUAUUAUCACGCUUGGCUGUUCGCUGAUGCCAUUUGCAAUUGCUCAGGUUUGGGUUUUAAUGGUUACAACGAAGACGGCACGGCACGUUGGGAUCUCGUGUCCAACGUUGACGCUUUUAAAUUUGAGACUGCAUUAAGUUUAAAAGAUAGUAUCGACGCCUGGAAUAAGGGCACGAAUCGUUGGUUAAGAAUGAUAGUUUACGAUAGAGUGAAGCACAAUAAAACCAUACUUACCUACAGUCUUUCUGCCUUGUGGCAUGGAUUCUAUCCUGGCUACUACCUUACCUUUGCGAACGGAGCCUUCUUCACCGUUGCUGCACGUACAGUUCGUCGGCAUGUUAGACCGUAUUUUCUUACCUCAAAGACAAAGAAAGUAUUUUAUGACGCGCUUACCUUGGUCACGACUCGAUUGAUACUGACCUAUAUCACAUUCAGCUUCAUCCUUCUCGAGUUCCAACCAAGUAUCACUUUGUACCUGACCAUGUUCCUCGCACCGCAUUUGCUGGGAAUGUCGGCGAUAUUGGUGUUGCCUAUGAUGCCGAAGGCAUGCCGCGAAGUGGCCUCUCACAAGCACAAUCAUCACGCAAGGCACGAGAAAGCGGCCACUCUGUUGCACGCCGCCCACCAUCACAACAGCUCACAGCGCACCUCGGCCAGCAAUGGCCAUGUGCACAAAGGCAAGUGAGCGACGGCAGCGACCUUCCAGUCAACGCGUACUUUACACCGCGCGCAAUGCAAUAUUGUCUCGGUUUUUUCCUCAUAUUGAGUUUCUUGGAUUGUCGAGAGCGAUAUUGUAUCUGCGAAGAGCGGAGUUUGAACAUCUCUCUGUCGUUGCGCGUGAUAAUGGCAGCGGCAACUCGGUCAUAUAUACACACAUAUACAUCACAUAUAUAUUUUUUGAAAGAGAUAUAUGUUGACAAGAACAAAACAAGAAUAUGUUUACAAAUACUAUAUAUUGUGUGUGUGUAUAUAUAUAUAUACACACACACACACACGUACAUGUAAGAUUGUAUGCCGUAUGAGUGUUUGUGAGAAUAUUUGCAGGAAGGGACUGCAAGUGUUGUGUAUGAGGUAUUUGUUGGUAUGCGCGGUAUGAGUCAGUAGAGAAGAUAUUACAACUUAUAAUCGUGGUUUAGAUAAUUACGCAGACGUUUUUAUCAAUGUUUUCAGAGAGUCUUUAUGUUGAGUGAAUACUUAACGCAAAGUCAGUGUACACUGUUAGUUGUUACAUAAUUCUUUAUAUCAUUAUGUGUUCUUCACUUGUCAUAUACUGCAUCCUUUUCUCUCUACUGAACGUUAAUUUUUGUGAUUUUACACCGCCUUGAAAAACACAAUUACUUCGAUAUUUGCAAUUUUGUUUUAAAAAAUUGCACUUUAAUCAUACUUUCGAGAAAUUUAAGUUUUUAUUUGUAUUUAACCAUACUUGUUAAGAUACGAAAAUGCUACUCAUUUUACAUUCGUUACCAAUUAUGUUUUGAGAUAUAAAAUGAGAAUACAUUCAAGUGUCAGACAAAAAUAAGAUUUCGGAAGAAAAAUUUACAAUGCAAACAUACUUUUUAUACGAUAUUUUAAUUUUUAUAAUAUUCACAUUUUUACCUUGCAAAAUAAAACUGAAUUAUCUUCAAAGACUCUGAACUAUAUUUAUUUUUGUACAAUUCAUGGUCAGAGUUGUAUCAGCU